AGAUGGAGUCUAAGUGGGAAGCAGCCGCUGACCUCAGCCCGCACGGCUGGAGACCCGGUUCUGCUCAGCCCAGGCCUCCCUGCCCGCUCUGCAUCUUUCCUGGAUUCUGGGGGGUGGAGGGGGCAUCGGGGCGCUGUCCUGCCCCACUUUGCCCUCCCCUGUGGAAGCAGGAAACCCUACGUGUUUCUUGGUGAACGAAUGGCUCAGGCGUAAUCAAUAGAUGUGGGUGAUUUCGCAGAACAGGAAUCAGCGUUUUUGCAGAGAGACGGUCAAGCGGCCCUGCUGUCGCUCUGGGGGGCCCCCGCACAUAGCUGGGGAGAGAGGGGAGGGUGGCAGGUGGGAUCCCGAGUGGACGAGGCUGCCUUCAGCAGACAUCUGGGACCCGUGUUGCACGUGGCCCUGACCUUGGGGAGCACCCAGCGCCAAGGAAGAGAGGGUCUCAGUGACAACAGUGCUGCCCUGAGCCUCACGUGAAUUCCACGCUGCUGCUUCGCCUGUCAGGAGAAUGAGGAGGAAGUACCCCCUGUACCAGUUGGGUGGCCCACAACUCCGAGUGUUUCGAACCAACUUCUUCAUUCAGCUGGUGCGGCCUGGCACGGCCCAGCCCGAGGACACCGUGCAGUUCCGGAUCCCCAUGGAAAUGACAAGGGUGGACCUCAGGAAUUACCUUGAGCGCAUCUACAACGUGCCCGUGGCUGCCGUGCGGACUCGGGUGCAGCACGGCUCCAACAAGAAAAGAGACCACAGAAACGUGAGGGUAAAGAAGCCGGACUACAAGGUCGCCUACGUGCAGCUGGCCCACGGACAGACCUUCACAUUCCCGGAUUUGUUUCCCGAGAAAGAGCAGAGCUCGGAAGGCCGUGCUGCCGACGACCUCCAGAACAUUCUCCAGGAGAACAUGGAGCGGAGGCAGAGCAGCGACCCUCGGCGGGGCGGCGUCCCAGACUGGUUUGGGCUGUGAUGGGGUGGGCAGCAGGGACAUGCCCCAUGUGGGCACCACAGCAGAGCCGUCCCAACACCUCAGUAAAAGCCCUGCUGCAGAAGAAA